AUGGAGCCGCGGGCGCUCGUCACGGCGCUCAGCCUCGGCCUCAGCCUCUGCUCCCUGGGGCUGCUGGUCACGGCCAUCUUCACCGACCACUGGUACGAGACCGACCCCCGGCGCCACAAGGAGAGCUGCGAGCGCAGCCGCGCGGGCGCCGACCCCCCGGACCAGAAGAACCGCCUGAUGCCGCUGUCUCACCUGCCGCUGCGGGACUCGCCCCCCCUCGGGCGCCGGCUGCUCCCGGGCGGCCCCGGGCGCGCCGACCCCGAGUCCUGGCGCUCGCUGCUGGGGCUCGGCGGGCUGGACGCCGAGUGCGGCCGGCCGCUCUUCGCCACCUAUUCGGGCCUCUGGAGGAAGUGCUACUUCCUGGGCAUCGACCGGGACAUCGACACCCUCAUCCUGAAAGGUAUUGCACAGCGAUGUACAGCUAUCAAGUACCACUUUUCUCAGCCUAUACGCUUACGAAACAUUCCUUUCAAUUUGACGAAGACAAUCCAGCAAGAUGAAUGGCACCUGCUUCAUUUAAGAAGAAUCACUGCUGGCUUCCUGGGCAUGGCUGUGGCCGUCCUACUCUGUGGCUGCAUUGUGGCCAUGGUCAGCUUCUUCUGGGAGGAAAGCCUGACCCAGCAUGUGGCCGGACUCCUUUUCCUCAUGACAGGAAUAUUUUGCACCAUUUCCCUCUGCACUUAUGCCGCCAGCAUCUCCUAUGAUUUGAACCGGCUCCCGAAGCUAAUUUAUAGCCUGCCUGAUGAUGUGGAACACGGCUACAGCUGGUCUAUCUUUUGUGCCUGGUGCAGUUUAGGCUUUAUUGUGGCAGCUGGAGGUCUCUGCAUCGCUUACCCAUUUAUUAGCCGGACCAAGAUUGCACAUCUAAAGUCUGGCAGGGACUCCACGGUAUGA